GCCUCGAGACCUGAUGGUCGGGUCGGAUCGCAGGGGAUACAGAAGACACUGCGGGAACAGUUAAGGCUGCUCGACUUUUAGUGAUGCCUUCGUUUGCAUUUGAUUUCUGGGCCAUGGAGGGAAGCCGGAACACCCAUAGAGGAGCAUUUAUGAUCGGAUCUUUGGUAUCGUUUUUGUUGGAAUAAUUUUCAGAUGAAUGUGGACAUAACAUAAUGCCCACCAGCGGCGGUCACAGAUUUAAACCGAGCGCAUUUAUUCCGGUGUCCACCGCUGCCUGUCUCCUAGUCGGCUCCACCUGUCUAUUCUUCGUUUUUACGUGCCCGUGGUUGGCUGCCACCCUCUCCCCGUCAGUGCCGCCAUGCUGCGCCACCCUCUUCCUCUUCGUCCUGGCCAACUUCACCAUGGCAACCUUCAUGGACGCCGGAGUGCUCCCAAUGGCUAACGAGGACGAGGACAAGGACGAGGACUUCCGCGCGCCGCUCUACAAGAACGUGGAGGUGAGGGGGGCGCAGGUGCGCAUGAAGUGGUGCUCUUCCUGCCACUUCUACCGCCCCCCGCGGUGCUCCCACUGCAGCGUGUGUGACCACUGUGUGGAGGACUUCGACCACCACUGUCCCUGGGUGAACAACUGCAUCGGGAGGCGGAACUACCGCUACUUCUUCCUGUUCCUGCUGUCGCUGACGCUGCACAUGGUGGGCGUGUUCACCUUCGGCCUCCUGUACGUCCUCCAUCACCAGGACGACCUGUGGAAGCUGCACUGCACCGUCACUCUGGUGGCCAUGAGUGUGUGUGGCCUGUUCUUCCUCCCUGUUCUGGGUCUCACUGGGUUCCACCUCUACCUGGUCUCUAGGGGGCGCACCACCAACGAACAGGUUACCGGCAAGUUCCAAGGAGGUGUCAAUCCUUUCACACGGGGUUGCUGCGGCAACCUGGAGUACCUUAUAUGCAGCCCCAUGUCUCCCAGGUACGCUGCCAGAGUGGUCAGGAGGACGUCAGUCCGGGUCCAGCCUCCCUUCCUGCGGCCUGAGACCAGCAGGCAUGCCCUGGUGAAGGCCAGGGACAACGGGGUGAACAGUCACGACACCCACGACAAGUGUUCGGACGUUUCCCCGGACGAGCCCGACGCCAAGCACGUGACCCCCACGCCGCCGCCCCCACUGCCCCCCAAACCCGACCCCAACAUGCUGAAGAGCCACUUGGCCGCGCUGGAGGAGAGUGGGGUCCACUCCAAAGCAGUGAUCCCUCUGUCCACCCCGACCGUCCAGCAGCUGAUGCCCGUCAUGGAGAACUCCUCCAGGGGCCCGUCGCCCUCUCUGGGGGACCAGAUCGCCAAAGCGGCGGCGGCCGAGGCCUGCGUGAAAGUCCAGGACGCGUCCCCCCACCUGGGGCCCCCCGGCCCCCCCGGCCAGCAUCGCAGGGCCUCCUCGCCCUCCCAGCCCCGCCCGCCAGCCUCACACCACUACCCCACCGCCACCACCACCAGCCCCCUGCAGCUCAACUCCCUCACCCUCAACUCCCGCUCCCUCACCCUUAAGCACGCCCAUCGCCACGGCAACAAACCCCAGCAGGCGGGCGGGCGUGCUGACGUCCUGGUCUCCAGCCCCCCCGCGGCGGGCGCGUUCCCCCCCUCCGGCGCGCUGGCUGGCCGUUCCAGCAGCCUCUCCUACGACAGCCUCGUAGCCCCGGGAGAGGCCCAUGUCCUGGGCCAGAGGGGGGUUCCGCUGGGGGGCUACCACUCCCACUACAUGACCCUGGUGUCGGACACGUCCGUGCUGCAGCACCCCCCCUCCCACGCCUACGGAGCAGUCUACAUGGGAGUCAGCAGACAGUCUCCACAGCCCAGGGAUCACUCACCCUCGCUUAAGGGCCUAACAUCCAGAGACCCCUCUCCCUCCCUCAAAGCCUUCUCUUCUAGAGACCCCUCUCCCUCCUUCAAAGCCCUCUCCUCCAGAGACUCCUCUCCUUCCCUCAAAGCCUUCUCCUCCAGAGACCCCUCUCCCUCCUUUCACGGACUCACCUCUCGCGAUCUCCCCCCUCCGGACACCCCCAUCGUGCGCUACGACAACCUCUCCAAGAGCAUCAUGGCGUCCAUCCAGGGGCGUCGUGAGCAGGAGGAGAGGGAGAGCGCCUUGCGCCUGCAGGCCCGCUCCCACGCCCUCCACGGCCCCGACACGGGCGUCUACGACGUCCCCAGCCGACGCAGCCUGCUGGCGGACGGCGUGCGCCCUCCGGGGGCGCGAGGCCCCACCCCUCCGGCGUACGGGUCUCGGGAGUUCCUGAUGAGCACGGGUAUCCUGGGUUACGGGGUGGGGAGGGCGUCGCCGCUCGCCAGCUCGUCGACUUCCUCCCUGCCGCGCGGCCCCAGGGUGGCCUGCUCCGCCCUGCAGAGCAGUAGCACCUCCAGCCUACACGGCAAGAACCGCUACGGCUCGCAAGCCUACUGCCCCGAGCCCCUGCCCCCGCCCUCCGCCUCCACCCUGCCUCGCAUCCCCAUCUCCACCGCCUCAUCCUCCCACGCCUACACCUUCACCUCCUCCUCCAAGCGCCCCUCUCUCACUCACUCCCAGGAGGCCAAGGGUCCUGCACCUCCUCUGGGGCUGUCGAAGUAGCUUGCCCACGGCAGGGUUGGUGGAGGCGUUCAGAGCUAUGCAUCGCCCGGCACUGCAGGUCCCAACAGUGUGUGCAUGGGAGGACAUCGAUAUGCAGUUAAGGGAGCCUGUUUCUAUUGUUUGUUUGUUUAAGGGAGCCUGUUUCUAUUGUUUGUUUGUUUAAGGGAGCCUGUUUCUA